AUGGGCAAGCGCACCGCCUUCCUGAGCAGGACGCUCAAGACCAUCCCUUAUCCCAAAAAAGGAUCGGAUCGACAACACCUCCUCAAGGAUGCCGAGAACAAGGUCUCGCAGCUCGAGGCAGAGCUCGCCCAUGUCAAGCACCAGCAACGUCUAGACGGCAAGCUGCUCGCCGAGGCCCAGGCCGACCGCGCCGCCUGGCAGAAAAAGUACGAGCAACUCCACGACAUGGUAGGGAGGCACGUCUGCGAACAACAGCGCCCCCAGCUCCCACCAUCCCCGGCCAACAGGGACCCGCAGCAACCACCGGGAUCACAAGGUGGAGCCAAGGGAAUCAGCACCGCCAUCGUUCUUUCAGCCACAGCAGUGCCAGCGGCGGACCCCCCUCAUCCCAGGCGCGAGCAGCCCCCCGCCCUCCAGGCCACCCCCGCCCCCACCCCGCUGGCCACCGCAUCCGCAUCCGUAUCACGGCCGCCGCAGCGUCUCUCCCUCCCCUCCACGACGGCGACUUCAACUACGACUACGACAAUAACCACGACAACAACAGCACUCCAGAAGCCGUCACCACCCCCAUCCCACUCCUUCACCACCACCGUCACCUGGAUCUCCCCGCGCGUCCUCGUGAUCCCAGUCCUCUUCAUCCUCUCCGCGCUGACGCGCUUCCUCCAGCGCGGCCCCGUCUACCCUUCCUACCUCGAUGCCGCUAUUAACAACACCCGGGGCGGCAACGGAGUAGGAGGGCGGCCGGUUUUUGCACCCGGCUCCAUCGUCCAGCUGCUCUGUCUGAACAUCAUCGUCGUGACACUCCUCGGCGAGGUCGCGCGGUGGUACUGGACUGCUGCGCCGUCGCAGCGGCGGUGGAAGCAGACGAAGAAGCAGAAGAAGCCGAAAGGUGUCAGGUUUCUGCUCGAAAAGGGGGCAGCGUCUUGCCACGACGAUGGAGAGCACCACGAGGAAGUGGUGGAGGAGGAGUAUGACUAUGACGAUGAUGCCGACUUCGCGCCGGCGCACUGCGCCUUCCUUGUGGCCGUCUGCGACGAGGCGUGGAGCAUUCUGCUCAUGGCCAUCCUGGCCUUCGCGCUGCUGCUGUUCGAGGUGCGGGACUUUGCUUUCAUAUAA